AUGAUUCGCUUACGAGAACUUCAGCGUGACACCGGCGAGCGAAUUUCCCCGCAUGCUGAAAGCCCCGAUUCGAUCCUAGGCGACGAAGAGCCUGAGCCGGAUACGACUGGCCCUGUCGCAGCUGUCAACCGCGAAAUCGAACCCGCCAAUGUGCCUGUCUCUGUUACCGUUGGCAUUACCCCGCCGCGUGCAACUGAUGAACACACUCCAGAAUCAACUUCUGGAUCGAGUGAUCAGGAAACCCCUCCUCAUCAGCCCGAGGCUAACUCAAACUUUAGCCGGUUUCUUGACAAAAUCGGGCUCACCUCGACCACACUCGGAGCUACGACCUGGCUCUUUAUCAAGCAUGCAGAACCUAUAAGCAAUCUUUAUCUGUCGAGACGCGAUACUACAUCUCGAGCGGACGUUCACAUCCAGACGCCUACAACCAACCACGUUGUCGCUCCUCGAUUCAUCCUGGGGGCGAGCCUUAGCAUAGUCGACUCUGCAUUACCGAUACUAUCCGCGACUAAGGGCUUGAAUGACCUGCAGAUUCUCCUUCUAUCUACCAGCCUCGUGGUUUUAGCACCUUUAAGUGCGGAAAUCUCGGAUGUCGCGGCGAAUGCUGCUCUGGCAAUGACUUCUAUGGCGUGUUUCACCUUGUUGCCACAACACUUGAGGCAGCCUGGAAGCCUCCAUAAGGAGAUCCUGCAAGAGGAAUGGACCUUGCGGAACGGGAUUACCAUGCGGCGGAUAGGCACUCUACCGGAUGGUACCCUAGAACAAGGAGUUGUUUACCAGAGGGACAACGGACCACAGGAGACUGAAUUUCCAGGGAAGAAAGCACACCGCAGGAGAACAAAACAUAACAAGAUGGCGCUGAAGACGGGGGAUGUUGCUCCCGAGCAAGAAAAUGCCCCCACCGUGGAGGAAAGAGUUGCUAAUGAUUCGAGCGCUUUUCUCUCGGCAAUCAGUGCUUCUCAUUCCCUUGCACUAAACUCCCCCGGGCUUUGGCUAGCCCAUUCGCUGUCGGGAGACCUUGGAGUGGGUAUGGUGACAAGCUCCUCCGCUAGGGCUGACGUCUGUUAUGCCGUUGGUUUGGAGAGCGCCGCUAAAGACGAGGACAGGGUUCCGAAAAACUUCUUGUUUACACGGGGAGUCCCGGAGGUUCUGACUCCUGCCUGCGAGUGUGGCGAGGGACGAGAGACUGCCGAACACCUGGUAGUGUGGUGUUUGGCCCCACCGUUGACUAGAAGAUGGGAGAGAACUGGAAUUCGGACACGACGGGACUUUUACUCUGUUCUACACGGCAUCAAUCCCACGACUGCACGGCUCGCGAGGAGGAUCCUCGACUGGCUGAUGGACACGGGGAAGCUGCCGAUGUACAGCUUAGCCAGGAGGCUCGAGCUGGAAACGGCGGCCUGA